UCAUCAAUGGUGACCACGACGCCAUUAAUUGUGCGUCCAUCGAUGCGUGCAUGGCAUUAUUUUCCUGUUUCUCUAUUACUUCGAAACGAUUCGAAUACUCGAAUCUCGGCGAUCGUGGCGGUGAUCCGUGCUUACGAUAAAAAAAAUCAAUUGAAAUUACUUUGUCUUACAAAAAUCCGUGAAAGAUGCCGAUCGUGGAAUCUUUUUGGACACCAUGCGUUUGGUCCAACAGUGUUAAAACUGGCUGCAAUGCUAUAGCGUUUUAUACUGUGGCAAUUUCUAUAGUGUUAAUUACGUUAAUAGCCUAUCAAAUGGCUGGAGGCGAGUCCACGCAAUUAUACAAUCCAUUAUUUGAGGCUGAUAUAAGAUUGUCCAUGCAAAUUGUUGGAGGCUUCCUCAUCUUCUAUCUGUUUCUGUUAAUCGUAUGCGCCUUAUUCAUGGUUUACGGCGUAAAAGAAGGCGUACGUGGAUGGUUAUUGCCAUGGCUUACUGCAUGGUUUAUUGUUUGCUUGUUCCAAUUCGUCUUCGGACUGUGGCUUUUAGGCGGUUAUUAUAUUUAUUUGGACUCUGUGUUCGCGACGUUGUGCAACUGGCUUUGGAUGGGUUAUAAUAUAUAUUGUUGGCUAGUUGUUUUAUCAAUGUACAAAAUAUUCGCAAAGAUGCAGUCUCCCAACAUAGAACUUUUGUGGCCUUAAAGGGAAGUACAAUAUAAAAGCGAAAGAGCAAGAUACGUAUACAUUAAAGUUAUCAAGAAGAAACGUAAAAGAGAAUCUCCAUUUAGAUUUACUCAAAUAGUCUAUAAAAAAACAUGAAUCUAUUAAAAAUUA